AACAGACUAGUAAUAGUAUUCGAUGAUAAUAAGAGUUUUUUGUGGCUUCUAUUUUUAUAGGUUUAGAGUAUUUACACACUAACAACAUUAUACAUAGAGACAUUAAACCAGAGAAUCUGGUACUUGAUGAAAAGGGUCUUGUACACAUAACUGAUUUAGGUAUUGCUCGUGUAAUGAAACCUGAAAAUUCAAGUGAUACAAGAGGUUUUUCUGGAUAUACGGGUAUAUAUAAUAAUAUUUAAUAAGUAAUCAGCUCCUGUAGGGAUGUGUAGAUAGAAUCAUACAUUUGCAGUUGAUUAUUAUGCUUUAGGGGUGAUUGCCUAUGAGUUUAUGUUAGGCAGAGUAUAAUAUGACAUUUUAUAAAAUAGAGACCAUAUUUUGGUAGAUCUAGAUAAGAAAUAUGUGAUUAGAUUCUUGCUAGAUAAGUUUAAAUUAAAACAAGUGAAGUACCUCCAAAUUGGAGUGUAGAAUCUGUUGAUUUUGUAAAUUGUUUGUUAUAACGGAAACCAUCAAAUCGAUUUGGAUAUAAUGGUGGGCAUGAAAUUAAAUUACAUUCUUGGUUUAAGAAUUUCCCAUGGUCUAAAUUAUAGAAUAGAUAAUUCUCAGCACCAUUCCUUCCAAAUCCAAGUGAUGAUAAUUUUGAUUAACGUUAAAUUGUAAUUGAGGGUGAAGAAAAUAUUGAAUUGAUUACUUAGAAUAUGUAAUUGUUAAGAGAUACAAAUGUAUAACAAUAGUUUGUUGGUUAUGAAUAUCAAACAAGUGAUCCUAAUGAGAAACUCUUUAUCUUUGAUUAAUUUAAAUAAUGAAGUUAUCACUAACAUUAUUUACACUUCUAAUAUCUAUAUAUUGUGCUGUACAUAGAGAAUAUUAUGAUAUUCUUGGAGUAUCUCCUAAUGCUUCUGUUUAAGACAUCAAAAAGGCCUAUCGUAAACUAUCACAAUAAUACCAUCCAGAUAGAAAUUAAGGUGAUCCUAAUGCGAAUGAAAAAUUCUCGAAAAUCAACGUGGGUAAUAUUAUAUCAUCAUUUUAUUUUAGCAUAUGAGGUACUCUCUGAUCCAGAAUAAAGAAAAAAAUAUGAUAAAGGAGGAGUUGAUGGUCUAAAUAGUUAAGGAAUGUAACAUCAUGAUCCAUUUGAUAUAUUUGGAUCAUUUUUCGGAAGAGAAUAAUAGGGAGAACGUAAAGGACCUGAAUUGAAAGUUAAAGUGAGAGUCACUUUAGAAGACAUUUAUAAUGGCAAAGAGAUACCUAUAUAUUUAACUAAAUAAAUAUUAUGCCCUCAUUGUAGAGGAUCUGGAGCUGAUGAUCCUGAUCUUGUAGAAACUUGUCCUACUUGUAAAGGUGUUGGAAGUGUUUAAAAAAGAUAAUAAGUUGGUUUUGGAUGUAUACUCUAUUCAUUUACAAUAUAGUCUUUUAAACAUUUUAGGCCACGUGUGAAAGAUGUUUUGGUACAGGUAAAAUUAUUAAAAAAAAAUGUCAUCUUUGUAAAGGAGAUAAAGUAAUUCAAUAUUAUUUAUUUCUUAGAUUAUUCCAGGUGCUGAUAAUAUUAGUUUAUAUAUAGAAAAAGGAAUUCAGGAUAAAUAAACUAUUGUAAUCAUUUAUUAAUAUUCUAGAAAUAUGAAAAUAUGGCUGAUGAACGUAAUGAUUCAGGCACCUCUGAUCUAGUCUUUUAAAUUGAAUAAAUUCCUCAUUCAUUCUUUUAAAGAUAAGGAAACAAUUUAUUUUGCAAAGUCGAAAUUUCAUUAAAGGAAGCACUCCUUGGAUUCAAAAAGAAAAUCAAACAUCUUGAUAAUCAUUUUGUGAGAAUUGAUAAAGAGGGUAUCACUAAGCCUGGAGAAAUACAAAUUAUAAAAGGGGAAGGAAUGCCAUAACAUGAAUUUUCAUCUUAGCAUGGAGAUUUGUAUGUAGAAUACAAGGUUUUUAUUCCUAAUUUUAAUGGAGAAUAAAUUAGAUGUAAAUAUAUAUAUUUAAAACAUAGAAUGGUAAAAAUUCUUUUCAUGA